UGGUCGAUCCAUUCAAAAAAGCUCUAAAGACGAAAAUGGAAGAGCUUGGUUUAAGCCGGGAGCAAGUUUACAACGCCAACGAAUCCGGUUUAUUUUGGAAACUUUUUCCACAAAAGACGUAUGUAUCACCAUUAGAAAAAACAGCCCCAGGAGCAAAGAUGGAAAAGCAAAGAAUAACAUUCUUGUGCUGUUCAAAUGCAGAAGGAUCUCAUCAACUCAAGCUCCUUGUGAUAGGCAAGGCCAGAAACCCCCGCUGUUUUAAGGGGUUUGACUGCCCUGUUCAUUAUAGACAUUCAAAGUCCGCUUGGAUGACUGCCGCUAUCUUCAAAGAUUGGUUCCAUCCUUCAUUCAUACCUGAGGUAACGAAAUUUUUGACAAAAAAAGGUCUACCAAUUAAGACUCUCCUUUUAAUUGAUAACGCUUCAUCGCAUCCACCUGAAAAUGAACUUAAAAGUGAAGACGGCUCUAUUUUAGCAAUGUUUAUGCCACUCAACGUCACCCCCCUUAUACAACCCAUGGAUCAAAACGCAAUCAGGAUUACACAACUUUAUUACAGAAACAGUCUUUUGGCUUCAGUUGCUGCAACAGGAUGUGUCUUGCUAGAGUCUAUGAAGCAAAUUUCACUUAAGGACGCUAUUAUUACAAUUGAAUCUGCUUGGAAUAAAGUGGAUGAGGCUGUGUUAUCAAAAUGCUGGAACAAUUUUUUGAGUAUGCUUGAAAAUCAAGAAGAUCCUGAAGAUGAAAUUCCUUUGAAUAUCCUUCGAAGGAACUUGAAUAUGAAUGUGGGGGACUUGGAGGAGAGCAAGAAAUAUCCGACGAAGACGACUAUACUGUAGAGUCGCAAAAGACGGUUACAGCAAGAGAAGCUAUUGACAUAUUUAAUAAUGCUUUGGAAUAUGCUGAAAGUGAAAUGGUUGAACAAAAGAAAUUAAAUGUAUUAAAGAACCUAAGGGAAAAAGAAGUUUUUAAGGUGGUUGAACAAAAGAAACAGCAAAAGAGGAUUACCAAAAAUGAGCUUCAACUUUUUAUAAA